AUGAAUGAAGUUAUACAAGAAGUCACAAGUGACUAUAAGGAUAAAAAUAUAAUUGAUGAGGUUGACAAACACGAGGAAGUUAGUGAGAAUCUGUCUACAACUGUUUUGACUGAGGAUUCCGAAGGAAACUCAUUGGUCGAACUGGAAGGUUCAGAAACUAAAAAGGAAGAUGACUCGGAAAAGGAAAGCAAUGAAACACCUUUGCCACUAGAAGUCAGUGACACAUCAACGUUUUUGGAUGAGGCUCGUGUUGAGGAUGGAGAGCCAAAGAAAGCUGAGUUUUGUGCUGAUGAGAUGGAUGUGGAAAGUAUGCCACCGAAGACGGAAUCUAUAAAAGAAGGAGAUGUGCAUGUAGAUUCUGAAGAUACAAAAGUACCUGAUUCAGUGAACAAAGUAUCAGAAGGUGGAACAGUUGAUGGAGAAGCAGAAAAGGAAGAAAAUGUUGAGAAUGUUCCAAUAAUUAUUCCAAAUGAGAAGACGGAAGAGAAUUUAUGCGUCCAUGUUGAUGGUCAAGAAACAGAAAAUGAACAACUAUCCUCGAUAAAUAAUUACCCAGCAAACGCCAGUAAUGAUGAGGUAAUUGUCAAGGACGAGGAACCAAGUGGAGAAGAAUUGUUUGGAAAGGACAAAAACACUGAGAGUGUUUUGCUGACAGAAGAAGUGCAGAGCAAAAAGGCUGUAGAAUCCUUACAUGCAGCACUUGAAGAUAUAAAAACAUCUGAUUUCGAUCAAUGCACAGAAGCAACUGGUAUCCUUGAGGAGCAAAUCCCUGCUGAAAAUUCACAAGGAAUGCCCAGUGAUGAAACGGGAACUGAUGCAGCUAAUACCAAUGAGAAAACUCAGGAAUUACAGAAUGUCUCAUAUGAGGGUAGUGACAAGGGCUUGCUGAUCAAAGUGGCUGACUCAGAAAUGGCACAAGAUAUAAAUUUGGAAGAGGAACUGGAAACACUGUCACUAACUGAAACUUCAAAAGAUGAGGCCAGAGAUAACGAGUCAACAAAAACUAGCGACGAAUUUGCAAGCAAAGUUGAAUUUCCCAAUGAUGAGAAAAGUACAGACUGUACUACAUCAAAGAAAGAGAGUUUGCAGCCUCAGGAUCAUAAUACACCUACUCCAAGUGCAGCCAGAGAAACAACUUGUUCACUUGAAGAGCAAAGCUUAGGGGAGAACUCCCAAACAAUUAUAAGCGAAAAACUAAUUGACGAAGGUGCAGCUGAAAAGCAUGAUCUCACUCUAGAGAAUGUAGCCACAGAAACUCCACAUGAGCACAUUGAAGAGAAUGCAGUAACCCAAGUGGGUUACUCAGUGGGGAAACAUGAGGAAAGUAUGGAAGAGGACAAUCAAAAUUCAUCUUUGAUAGAAGCUCCAGCAGAGGAAACCAAUAUCAUGGAAUCAAAAAAUAUCGAUGAACCCAAAAAUUGGGGCGAAGAGUCAAUAAAACCUGAUUUGGAAAAUGGGGAGAACACAGAAAGUAUAUAUGAGGAGGAAGAAACAGAUGUGGAGAUGCCUAUUGACUCCUUGCAAGUCAAGCCUGAUGAUAUUAAACAACAUGAUUCAGUUUCAGAUAUAAACAAAUCCAUCGAGGAAGAAACCUCAAAUUCAGAUCCACAAGAAAAUUCAACUAACAAGGUAGAGAGAAAAUCUGUUGAUGCGACUCAUGCAAAUGAGGGAAAUGUGGAGACAAAGGAUGUCGCGAAAGAUAUUCCAGACUGUGACAAGGAAGAUAGGAUACCAAUUGAAGAAGUUGGCUCACAAAAUCCAUUGAACGAAGCUUUAGCAGGCAAUGCCAUUGAUGAGGAGUCAACAAAAAUUACUGAAGACUGGUUGAUCACGAAAGAAGAACCCCUCGAGUUAUUGCAAGUAGCAGAUCAGGAUAUUGAAACACCUCCUUCAAGUCAAGACAGGGAAAUAGGUUCUCUAGAUGAGGAAAGCCCCACUACAAGAUUUGAAGCCAUCAUUGACGAUAACAAAGAGGAGAUGCCUAAUAAUAAAACAGGGGAAGAGGAUGAAACUCCUAAGGAUAAGGAUAUUGUAGAAAAUAUUUCGGAGUAUGGCAAGGAAGAUAACAUGCCAUUCGAAGAAGUUGUGUCACAGAAUCCACUGAAUGGAGCUUCGACUGAGAAUGCCAACAUUGAGGAGUCACCAAGAAUCAAUGAAUGCAGUUUAAUCAAGGAAGAAGCAUCCCUUGAGUCAUUGCAAGAGGCAGCUCAGGAGAUUGAGACUCCUAAAAUCACUGAAGGCAGUUUGAUCAGGGAAGAAGCAUCCCUUGAGUCCUUGCAAGAGGCAGCUCAGGAGAUUGAGACAACCCACUUGGGUCAAGAGAGAGAAAUAAGUUCUCCAAAUGAGCAAAGGCCUCUUGAAGGAAUCAAGGAUGAUAACACAGAGGAGAUAGCUGAUAGUGAAACUAGUCUGGAGGUUGAAACUAACCAUGAGCAAAAUAUUGCAAAUACUACUCCAAGUGAGGACAAAAAAGAGAGUAUGCAAGUCCAAGAAGAUUGCUCACAGCAGGAACAAAAUGAGAGUAAAAACAUACCUUCUUCGGGAUCUCCAGCAGUGUCCUGCACUGUAAGUAGUCCAGUCAAAGAAGAAGAAAGAGUGAAAAUUAAUCCACAAGGGACAUGUGAUGAAACACAUGAAAAUACUGUUGAUGCUGCUAAUAAAAUCAAUAACUAUGCAGCAACUCCAGAUGAGGACACUAAAGAAGAUUCACGAGACCAAGUAGAUGAUAUACUCCUGGAACAGGAAGAACAUUCAGAAAAGGAUAGUGAAAGCACAUCAUUAUCAGAUGCUCCAAAAGAUGAAAUCACAGAAAGCACGUUGGUUAAGGAAGUAGCAGAAGUUGAGGAUCCUAUUGACUCCUCUGAUGUAGUAACCGAGGAUAUCAAGGCAUUUGCUCCAUGUCAAGUCACAGAAAUAAGCUCCACUGUGGACCAAAUCAUAGAUACGGAAGAUAUCUCAAGUAACAAAAUAACAGAAAAGACAGUUGAUGCAACAAGCGGGGACACUCAAGACACUCAGGAUAUUGCAAAAAGUGUUCCACGGGAAUAUGACUCACCAAAAGAGCAAAAUACUGAAGCUGUAUUGAUAAAGGAAGAUGUAUCCAUUGGGUUACCUCAGAUAGUAGGUGAUGAAAUUAGUCCAGUCCACGAAGAAGAAAAAGUGGAAAUUCCUACUGAGGAGCUAAUCCUAACUGCUACUCCACAACGGAUAUUUGAUAAAACACAAGAAAUAACUGUUGAUGCUACUAAUAACAACAAUGAUCUUGUAAUAAGAGUUCCAAAUGGAGACAAUGAGGAUGACUCACCAAUUGAAGUGGAUGGCUUACGAGAACCUUCUUCUAAAGAAGUUCCUGCAGAAAAGAUCAAUGAUGAUGAACCAACUACUAGCCAUGAGGUUGAAUUUGCAAAUGAAAAUACUGUAAAAGCCAACUUGAACGAAAAUGAGGAAAAACUAGAAUGUUCUCUGGUAAAGGAAGAAGCACAUAUUGAGUCUUUGCAGGUAGCAGAUAAGGAUGUUAAAGAUACUUCUUCAGGUCAAGAUAGAAAACCAAGCAAUUUAGAAGAGCAAGGCUCAACUGAAGAUUCUCAUGAAACCAUGGGUGAUGAAAGAUAUGCAAAGUCAUUUGAUUCAACUGAUCUGAAGCAAGAAACUCUUGCGGACGAGAACUAUGCAGCCACUACAGAUGCGGACACUAAUGAAGAUUCACGAAACCAUGUAGAUCACUUACUAAUGGAACAGGAAAAACAUUCAGUAAAUGAUAGUGUAAGCACAUCAGUAUCAGAUGCACCAAAAGAUGACAUCAGAGGAAGCACAUUGGCUAAGGAAGUAGCAGAGAUUGAGGAUCCUAUUGACUCCUCUCAAGUAGCAACUGAGGAUAUCAAGGCAUUUGCUCCAAGUCAAGACACAAAAAUAAGUUCUACUGUGGAACAAAUCAUAGAUUCUAAAGAUAUCUCAAGUAACAAAAUAACAGAAAAGACAGUUGAUGCAACAGGCGAGGAAAGUCAAGAGGCUCAGGAUAUUGCAAAAAGUGUUCCAAGGGAAGAUGACUCACCAAAUGAGCAAAAUACUGAAGCUACGUUGAUGAAGGAAGAUCAGUCUAUUGAGUUACCUCGAAUAGUAGCUGAGGAUAUAAAAGAACCCUGUUCGAGUGAAAUUAGGGAAACAAAUGCUCAAGAAGAACAAAUUCCAUGUGCCAGUUCUGGAGUAGUCAUCAAUGACAACAAAGAGGAGACAACAAUUGAUCCAACAAUCUUUAAAAAUGAAACCCUUAAGAAUGAGGUAGCAGAAGUUUCUGAAGAAGCUGGAGAAAAGGCUUCAGAAGAGGUCGAAGAAAAGAUAUUUGCAAAUGAAGCAAUGGAGAGAAUCCUCCACCAAGAAGAGCUGGAAACGAGCAUUGAGGAGCCUACACCGAAAAAAGACGGUGAAAAUCCUCACAACUUAGAUAUUGCAUGUGUGAAAACAGACACUCAAGAUUCAAGUAAAGAGGUUGUCCAAACAACAAUAAUCCCUGAGGGAGAAAGUGAGGAACAUAACAAGGAAGAUGAAAUUUGCAGCUCAGACGAACUGCAGGAACAUUUGAUACUUUCAGAAGGGAAAAGCAAGGAGGAAGCCAAAGAAACCUAUAAAGAAGCCUGUGUUGAGGCUGAGCAGUUUGAUUUAUCUUCUCAAACCAAAGACAUAUCAGAAUGUGCAUUUGGUGAUGUUGGGCAGGAAACCCCAGAAGAGAAUGAAAAAUAUACAACAGAAAAGUCUUAUGAAGAGGAUGAUCCAAAACAAAUCACAGAAUGUGAAGUAUCCUCGGCUAGUGAAGACAUUAAAUUGACAGAACAAUCCUCAGAGGAUGCAUCCAUCACUGCUGAAGUUCAAGAAGCAAAAGCUGGGAUUGAUUUGGGGGCUGCUGUUCCAGUCCCAGAAGCAACUGGAAUAGAAAGUCAAGAGGUAGAAGAAUUAAAUGAUAAAUGCACAGAGAUGGCAGACACCUCCACAACAAAUGAAACUUCCGUUGUGACAGCAUCCAAAAAUAUAGGAGAAAGUACAGGAGGAGCCCCACUGGAGGCCGAAUACCAACAGACCAAAGAAACUGCACUAACUGAACAACUCUCAGAGGGUGCAUGUAUCACAGCUGAAGUGCAAGAAGAAAAAGGUGGGAUUUAUUUGGGGACUGCUGUUCCAGUCCCAGAAGCAACCAGAUCAGAACGUCAAGAGGUCGAAGAAUUAAAUGAUAAAUGCACAAAGAUGGCAGACACCUCUGAACCAGUGGAAAAUUCGGAGAUUUCCACAUUGAAUAGCAUAGGAGAGAGUACAGAACGAACCAAACUGGAGGCCAAAGACCAACAGGCAAAACUUCGUGAUUUUCCAGAAGAAUCAAAUAUGAGGCAUACUGAAGAGAAGAUAGCAGGAAUAGAUGAUGCAGUGAAUCUUCAAAGUGUCAGAGAUACUGGCGAGGAUGUCCAAGACAAGGAAUUCUGUAAGGAAUCAUUUGGAGUGUCAAACAAUCAAAAUCCAGUGAAGGGAGAUCCAGAAGAAAGAACAGAGACCAGUGAAGGAAAGGAAGCAAACCCGAUUCAAGUAGCACCUGCCUCGGAGACACUACAGCAAGAAAUAGAAGAACAAAAACCGGGAAGGGAUACUGAGGACGUCCAUGAAGAAGAUACAAAUAUAUCUAGUAUCCCUAAUCAGUUAGAAAGUGUCUGUGGUGCAGAUACAGCAAAGCUCCCGGAAUCAAGCAUUCAUCAAAGUUCUGUUGAGAACACAGAUCAAUGUGACAGAUCAGUAAAUUGCUCACAACAGGAACAAAAUGAGAGUGAAAACAUACCUUCUUUGGAAGCUCCAGCAGUGUCCUGGACAGAAAGUAGUUCAGUCAAAGAAGAAGAAAAAGUGGAAAUCCCUACUGGGGAGCAAAUCCUGACUGCUAAUCCACAAGGGAAUGAUGAAACACGGGAAAAAACUGUUGAUGCUGCUAAUGAAAACAGGGAUGUUGUAAUAAGCAUUACAAAUGGAGACAAUGAGGACAACUCACCAGUUCAAGUGGAUGGCUUACAAGAACAUUUUUCAGAAGAAGUUCCUGCAGAAAAGAUCAAUGAUGAUGAACCAAUUACUACCCAUGGGGUUGAAUUUGCAAAUGAAAACGCUGUAACAGCCAACUUGAAUGAAAAUGAGAAGAAACUAGAAUGUUCUCAUGUAAACGAAGAAGUAGAUAUUGAGUCAGUGCAGGUAGCAGAUGAGGAUGUUACAGAUACUUCUUCAGGUCAAGAUAGAAAAUCAAGCCAUUUAGAAGAGCAGGCCUCAACUGAAGAUUCUCACGAAACCAUAGGUGAUGAAAGACAUGCAAAAGCAUUUGAUUCAACUGAUCUGAAGCAAGAAACUCUAGAGGAUGAGAACUAUGCAGCCAAUCCAGAUGAGGACACUAAAGAAGAUACACAAGACCAAGUAGGUGGCUUACUACUGGAACAGGAGGAACAUUCAGAUAAGGAGAGUGGAAGCACAUCAUUAUCAGAUGGUCCAAAAGUUGACAUCACAGAAAGCACAUUGGCCAAGGAAGUAGCAGAGAUUGAGGAUCCUAUUGACUCCUCUCAAGUAGCUACUGAGGAUAUCAAGGCAUUUGCUCCAAGUCAAGACACAAAAACAAGUUCAACUGUGGAACAAAUCAUAGAUUCUAAAGAUAUCUCAAGUAACAAAAUAACAGAAAAGACAGUUGAUGCAACAGGCGAGGAAAGUCAAGAGGCUCAGGAUAUGGCAAACAGUUUUUCACGGGAAUAUGACUCACCAGAUGAGCAAAAUACUGACGCUAUAUUGAUAAAGGAAAGUGAAUCCAUUGAACUAUCUCGAAUAGUAGCUGAGGGAAGUAUUCCAGUCCAAGAAGAAGAAAAAAUGGAAAUCCCUACGGAGGAGCAAAUCCUAACUGCUAAUCCACAAGGGCCAUGUGAUGACACACAGGAAAUAACUGUUGAUGCUGCUAAUAUAAACAAUGACGUCGUAAUAAGCGUUCCAAAUGGAGACAACGAGGAUAACUCACCCAUUGAAGUAGGUGGCUUACAAGAACCUUUUUCUGAAGAAGUUCCUGCAGAGAAGAUCAAUGAUGCUGAACCAACUACUACCCAUGAGGUUGAAUUUGCAAAUGAAAACACUGUAAAAGUCAACUUGAAUGAAAACGAGGAAAAACUAGAAUGUCCUCAUGUAAACGAAGAAGUAUAUAUUGAGUCAUUGCAGGUAGCAGAUGAGGAUGUUAAAGAUACUUCUUCAAGUCAAGAUAGAAAACCAAGCCAUUUAGAAGAGCAAGCCUCAACCAAAGAUUCUCACGAAACUAUGGGCGAUGAAAGAUGUGCAAAAUCAUUUGAUUCAACUGAUUUGAAGCAAGAAACUCUUGAGGAUGAGGCCAGAAUCAUAGUCAACUAUGCAGCCACUACAGAUGAGGACACUAAAGAAGAUUCACGAAGCCAAGUAGAUGACUUACUAUUGGAACGGGAAGAACAUUCAGUAAAGGAUAGUGAAAGCACAUCAGUCUCAUAUGUUCCAAAAGAUAACAUCACAGAAAGCACAUUGGUUAAGGAAGUAGCAGAGGUUGGCGAUCCUAUUGACACAGAAAUAGUAACUGAGGAUAUCAAGGCAUUUUCUCCUUGUCAAGAUACAGAAUUAAGUUCCACUGUGGAGCAAAUCACAGAUUCGAAAGAUAUCUCAAGUAACAAAAUAACAGAAAAGACAGCUGAUGCAACAGGCGAGGAAACUCAAGAGGCUCAGGAUAUUGCAAAAGGUGUUCCACGAGAAGAUGACUCGCCAAAUGAGCAAGAUACUGAAGCUAUGUUAAUGAAGGAAGAUGUAUCUAUUGAGUCGCCUCGAAUAGUAGCUGAGGAUAUAAAAGAAUCUUGUUCGAGUGAAAUUAGGGAAACAAAUGCUCAAGAAGAACAAAUUCCAUGUGCCAGUUCUGGAGUAGUCAUCAAUGACAAUGAAGAGAAGAAAACAAUUGAUCCAACAAUCUUUGAAAAUGAAAUUCCUAAGGAUGAGGUUGUCCAAACAACAAUAAUCCCUGAGGGAGAAAGUGAGGAACAUAACAAGGAAGAUGAAAUUUGCAGCUCAGACGAACUGCAGGAACAUUUGAUACUUUCAGAAGGGAAAAGCAAGGAGAAAGCCAAAGAGACCUAUAAAGAAGCCUGUGUUGAGGCUGAGCAGUUUGAUUUAUCAUCUCAAACCAAAGACAUAUCAGAAUGUGCAAUUGGUGAUGUUGGGCAGGAAACCCCAGAAGAGAAUGAAAAAUAUACAACAGAAAAGUCUUCUGGAGAGGAUGAUCCUAAAACAAUCAUAGAAUGUGAAGCAUCCUCUGCUAGUGAAGACAUAAAAUUAACAGAACAAUCCUUAGAGGAUGCAUCUAUCACUGCUGAAGUGCAAGAAGCAAAAGCUGGGAUUGAUUUGGGGGUUGCUGUUCUAGUCCAAGAAGCAACUGGAACAGAAAGACAAGAGGUGGAAGAAUUGAAUGAUGAAUGCACAGAGAUGACACACGCCUCCACACCAGAUGAAUCUUCCGUUAUGACUGCAUCAAAAACGAUAGGAGAAAGUACUGAAGGAGCACCACUGGAGGCAAAAGACCAACAGACCAAAGACAUUGUACUAACUGAACAACUCUCAGAGGGUGCAUGCAUCACUGCUGAAGUCCAAGAAGAAAAAGAUGGGAUUUAUUUGGGGGCUGCUGUUCCAGUCCCAGAAGCAACUGGAUCAGAAGAAAGAACAGAGACCAGUGACGGAAAGGAAGCAAACCCAAUUCAAGUUGCACCUGUCUCAGAGACUCUAGAGCAAGAAAUAGAAAAACAGAAACUUGGAAGGGAUACUGCGGACGUCCAUGAAGAAGAUAAACAUAUAUCUAAUAUCCCUAAUCAGUUAGAAGCUGUCUGUGUUGCAGAUACAGAAAAGGUCCCAGAGUCAAGCAUUCAUCAAAGUUCUGCUGAGAAUACAGGUCAAUGUGACAAAAAAGAAGGAAAUCAACAAAUUGACUCCCCUCUUGUCUUGCCACAUGCCCAAUGUUCAGACAUCAAAAUAUCAGAGAAUGAGCCACGAUGUGUUGGAGGUGUGGCUAGCACUGAUGUAACAGAAUCGGAGGCAUCCCCUCUUUCCUUGAAAGAUAACCAUGUCGUUCUGGAAGCAGAUGAUACCAGGUAUUUGAUUCUUGAGAACCAAGAUGGCGACAAGAAUAUAUCUACAGAAUAUUCCCAAGGUGAACAUGAAGUAGAGAGACCUUCUAAAGUUGAGAAAGAAAGAGAGGAAUGCGGAAAUGAGGAAAGAAAGGACAAGCAAAUAGAAGGGAAGCCUGAAUCAGAGGAGACUGACAAACCUUCAUUGUCAGAUCUACUUCAGGUAUCUACGAGAGGAACCUCUGAGAUGGAAGAUCAUUCUCCCACUGAAAAAGAGCCAACCAGCCACACUGAAGACAUGCAUGCUGAAAACACUGGUGAGGUUGAGUAUGAACACAUGAAAACGGAUGAGGAGAAAGAUGAUGAAGAUGAAUCACAUGAACCAAAAUUGGACUUAGGUUCUGAAGCACCAGUCGUGGUGGAUACUGGAGACACAGACAUGAAAGUAGCUCAUAAGAAAUCUCACAACAUACUUUCAGGCGUUGGAUCAAAAGUGAAGCAUUCAAUUGCCAAGGUGAAGAAAGCCAUUACAGGCAAAUCUCCAAAAAAAGUGACAACCCCAGAAAGUAAAUAA